AUGGCCGUCCGAGCCGAAAGGAUUAUCGCCUGUCUGGCGAAGUCUCUUGAAACACCUUAUCAGGGCUCCAGCUCCAUGACACCCUCGCUCUAUGAUACAGCCUGGGUGUCCAUGGUGGCUAAAGAGGGGAAGUGGUUCUUUCCUGAAUGCUUUCAGGUGGUUCUUGAGAGCCAGUCUCCCGGGGGUGGGUUUGGUGUGGACGAGGGAAUGUCGCCGGCGCCGCCGCAGCAGCUAGAUGGCAUCCUGAACACCAUGGCUGCAGUUUUAGCACUCUGUCGAUACCAGAAGAAUCCAUCUUUCUCGAUCCAGACUGGCGCUCCCGAUCACUUCGCUCCUCUAUCGUGGUCGAAUCUACAAGACCGAAUCGAUCGAGCUCGGGCAUAUCUCGACCAUGCUCUGCAAUGUUGGGAUGUGAGUUCCACUGUGCAGGUGGGUUUCGAGAUCCUUGUGCCCAGUUUGCUGCGCUUGUUGCACGAUGAAGGGCUGCAUUUCGAUUUUCCCGGCCGCGAAGCCCUCAUGGUGCUGCAUCGGCGCAAAAUGGACAAGAUUCAACCUGCGUUAGACCUCCCCUGCCCUCCGCAAACCACGCUGCUGCAUUCGCUCGAGGGCUUCAUUGGAAGCGUGGAGUUGGGCAAGAUGGCGCCCUGUCUAACCAAUGGCUCAAUGAUGGGGUCACCCUCAUCGACCGCCGCCUAUCUGAUUCAUAGCCCCAACUGGGAUGAAGAAGCAGAGAACUAUCUCCGCCAUGUCGUGGCGCGUAACAAUGGACGUGUGCCUUCUGCCUUUCCCAUUAGUGUCUUUGAGAUUUCGUGGGUUCUAUCCACCCUGCUGAGCUCGGGAUUUGAACCCGAUGUCUUGGGUUUCCAGAAUGUUUCUAGUCUGGCAAAUUACCUUGAGACUCGUCUCGCGGAAAAAAAUGGCGUCACCGGCUUUGCUCCCGGAAUGCUUGCCGAUGCAGAUGACACGGCGAAGAGCAUAUAUUCUCUCGAUCUUCUGGGCCGACCCAUUGAUUGUACACCCCUGCUUCAGGCGUUUGAAUGUCCCACCCACUUCAAGACGUACAGUCUUGAGACCAAUGAGUCUUUCAGUGUUAACUGCAAUGUGAUGAUUGCGCUGCUCGCAUGCCAGGUGCCUUCAAAGCACGUAGCGCAGAUUUCCAAGGCCCUGCGGUUUCUUUGCAGUGCUUGGGAUAAUGGCGAAUGGAGCGAUAAAUGGAAUACUGAGUCCCAAUACACCAUGAUGCUUAUGGCUGAUGCUUUGUCAAGUCUGAUAGAGCGGUGGCAUGACGGCGCUCUAGGAGAUAUGGAUGCAGACUACCUGGCCGAGCAUGUUCCACGGGUGACCCUGCAGAUCCUCAUGCGAACGCUGAGUGCGCAGUCAGAUGAGUCUGGUUCAUGGAAGCAAUCAUCAGAGAUCACCGCCUACGGGCUCUUGACUCUCAAAUCUCUGGCCAGCUUGCCGUGGGUCCGAACAGCGAUAGGGAUCCAAGUUGUCUACGAGUGCAUUGACCGAGCCACCGAGUACCUACGCGCCCACAAUGAUCGCUGGGACAGUCCUGAGCUAAUUUGGGUCGAAAAGGUGAACUAUGGCUCCAGCAUUCUGUCAGAGACCUAUUGUUUAGCCGCACUGCAGCGGACGGUAACAGAUUCGACCCGUUGGGGCAAGCCGACCACAGGCCUAUGCCAAGUCCCACGGGAAAGAAUCGACCGAUUCUGCCAAUUCUUUGCUCGAUUACCCAUUUUCGAAGGCGAGCCGACAUGGAGAUUGCGAGCUUCUAUUGUCGAAGGGGAUCUGCUCUUCCCAGCGUUGCGGCGGACGGCACUCGAGCUGGCCAUCUUCCCCUUCCCCACUGUGAAUCAAACUGCCAAAUACCUGGAAUAUAUUCCUCUGACGUGGACAACCUCCAAUAGUUCAGCUGGAAAGUUUGGUCUCUCCACCGCCAGAAUGAUAGAAAUGAUGGUUCUUUCUCUGCUCAAUUUCCAGGUGGACAAGUGGUUUGAGGAAACCACGGAGGCAUCGCGCCUCCAAGGCGAUUGGACAGCGCUCAGGUCCGUGAUCAGGGAGCUUUUCACCGAGAAAAUAGAGGAAGAAAAAGAUCAUGUGAAGGGACGCAAGAGGGAACAAGUGUCGCCGCCACCGCCGCAGAGACCAAACUGUCACCCUCGUCACAAGCGCCGGCAAGUAAAAAGUUUGACCGGUUAUGGCACUUCUUCAAUUGCCCUACAGUCCAAUGGCCAUAAGAGGGUCACCAUGGAUGGGGAUCAGGAUAAUAUAGUCACUUUCCUAGCUGAAGUCAAGCGUACGCUCACCCGGUUCGUCCAGUGCGUGCUUCAAAGCCCUGCCGUCUCGUCGGUGCCACCAGCACUGGGUCGUCGGGUCCGGCAGGAGCUCUGCACAUUUCUCCUCGCACAUGUCAAGCAGGGGGAGGAUAGCGGUCCGCAGGCGACUAGGAGAACAGCAAUGUCCCAGACAUAUCAUGAGUGGGUUCGCACAACAUCAGCGGACCACACCAGCUGCCCCUACUCCUUCGAGUACUUCCGCUGUCUCGUCGCUUCUGAUACAGGCAAGGAUUGCUUCACGGGUCCCCUUGCCCAGUACCUCUCCCAGGAUGUCUGCCGUCAUCUGGCCACCAUGUGCCGUCAGUAUAAUGAUUAUGGCUCCAUGGCUCGAGACCGUGAGGAGCAUAACCUCAAUAGCAUUGACUUUCUGAUGGUUGGGAAGGAGGAUGAGGAGAAGGAAAGACACGCAAAUACAUGUACGGACAAGCGCUUGUUGUUGCUGGAGAUUGCCCAGUAUGAGCGCGAAUGCCUGGAACUGGCAUUGAAGCGGCUGCAGCCCGAGGUCUCCAAAGCCGCAUGGAAUGCAUGGGAAGUUUUUCUCACCGUGACGGAUCUCUACGGUCAGAUUUAUGUAGCACGAGAUAUCAAUCACAAAUGA